GAGGUUUUUGUUUGCAAACACAUUGGCCACCACCAGACGAGCAAACACAACGGAGAAGAAAAGCAAAACAAAGAAGUGAUAUCAGCGUUUCGCCGUCCAGACUGCAUCAUCAUUAGUGGGGGUUUAUUAUGAAAUUGUGGAGCAAAACGCACAACCAAAAUUUGCGCGAGGUUACGGGAAAUUUCGAGAUCUACGCCGUUGGCUAACAAAGAAAUGAUUCACGAUCUUGAAAGUUUGUGCAUUGACAUGGAGAAACAACACGAGACCAUUGUACGCUAUUGGUACAGACGAAACGAAAUUGCGCAUUUAUGUUUUAUCGUGGUGCAACUCCAACUAGUUCGUGAUUUUCAUCUGGGAAAUUAGAAAUGGAUUCGUCUGAAUCCGCUGCGGGAUCAUCUUCCUCGGAGGCGAAAGAUAUUCCAGCCAGCCUAGAGGCUGCCCUUCUACGAGCUAGAACCGAGAGCGAAAGUUCGGAUAAAUCUGGCCCAACGCGCUUUGUCCUCCCCGGAACAUCGGGAUCCCCGCCGAAGAUCCUCACGCUCGAGGAGGUCCAGGAUGUCGUCAAGAACAUCGAAAACAUGACGUUGGCCCACGAGAUUGCCAUCAACAGUGACUUCAAGCUGCAACCGUACGAACCGCCAGAGAACUCGAUCGAGCGGCUGAUAAAGGACACCAUGCACAAGGCCUACUGGGAUCUAUUGAGCGAGCAACUCGGUCGCGAUCCGCCCUGCUACGAUAUGGCGAUCCAGCUGCUGGCUGACGUGAAGGACGCCUUCCAGAGUGUUCUCAGCAAAAAUAACGAACGUGCCCUGGCGCGAAUCAAUGAGAUUUUGGACGAAACUGUGAUACGGCAGCAGGCCGAGAAGGGCACGCUAGACUUCCAGGCCUACGCCAAGUUUGUGAUUCACAUUAUGGCUCUCUCUUGCGCCCCGGUGCGCGACGAACAGAUUGCCAAGCUGAAGGAAAUUGACGAUGUGGUGGAGCUAUUCCGUGGCAUCCUGGAGGCACUGUCAGUCAUGAAAUUGGACAUGGCCAACUGUUUGCUGGACGCUGCCAGGAACGAUGUGAUUGCCAACUCGGUGGAGUAUGAAAAGCAGAAAUUCAAACAAUUUUUAGAGCUGUACAAAGAUGGAUUCCCGGAGACGGAAAAGUGGCUUAAGCGCAACCAAGUGCCCGAAAUUGCUGCCGACGCUGUCGGUUCCCCCAACGCCAACGGAAGCGAUCAGCAGCGUCGCUCGAAGGAUGCUAUUUUCAACGCUUAUUUAGAACUGAUCGAUUGGAACUCGGAAAACGACUUUCCGGAGAUGCUCGAAAUGGAUCGAGAUCGUCUAAUUGGUCUGCAGGGUCGUGCCUCCCGUCUUUGCACAUGUGCCUCAACGCUCGCCAUUACCUGUGCUGCCGUGCCGUCGAUCGCCCAGGCUGCGGAUCUUCGCAAAAAAAUUGCUAAGGAACUCAUCAUUUUGGUUCAGAACUGCAACAACACGAAGGACUUGGACGAUACGAUCGAGAAUAUUUGGCUGCAUGUGCGUUCCGUAAUUGCUGGUCGAUUGCAGGAAUUGCAUCAGCCGCAGCUGCUGGAACCGGUGGAAAGCACACUCAAGAAUCAAAUCCUGCAGAUCGCCAAAAAGGAAUCCCCUGUGCGGAACUUGAUGUGGAAACGAUUGUUGGCUUAUACCCAGCUUGUGCUCAGGACAAAUAAUCCCAUUCCAGUACCGCCAGGCUUCCAAGAGUUUGGCGAAGAGGUUGAGAGUCUGGCCACGGCAUUUAAGCGAAUUUCGUUCUACAACUAUGCCGUUUAUGGCGAGUAUUAUCAUGAAAUUUUAAAUAAGGUUUAGGGAAUAGCUAGACGACAAGGUGCAUAGAGAGUGUUAAAUCUUCCGUGUGUAGCGUCAUUUACAUCUCAGUGUGUAGUUCGUGUAUCCUAUCGACUAUUGUGAAGGUCAUCCCACUUUAAUCAAUAAAUCAGUAUAUCACGUCUAGAUAACUACUUACGGGAGCGAUUGUGUGAACCAAUUCGGCGAGAUUCGAGUGAACGUUGAUAGAUGUGUGUCAGUUGCUAGUUGAUAGUUGAUUUUGGAUUAGAGAACUGUUUGUUCCAGAUCAUAGCGAAGGGGUUUCAGUUCACCACACGAGUGAUUAGAGAAGGAACUAGUCAACAGUUGGUUAGUGGAGAAUGGUUUGCAUAUUUCAUUAUAUACACAGAACGUAUUCACAGUAUCCUUACAUCGUACUAACCGUAAUAACACUUGUUCUACAAGAUUCCACUAUUCAGAAAACCAUUGGCUGCUGUGAACUAAUCAUAUAUAAUAAUCGCCUUCAUUCAGACGGUCUGCAACGUACUUUUGGCGAAAAACAAGUCGAUAAUAAUGCAGAAUAUGUAUGCAAACAAAUAUAUUUUACCUAUGAUUUUGAGAGAAAUCUUAACGAAA